CUAUACCUUGACAGGACAAUUGAAGUAACCACCGUACCCUUGAAGUAAAUAAAAGCAUCACAACAAUGCAGAGAAGGUUGAUCUUGCUGCCGUUUCUGCUGCUAGGAGCAGCGGCAGCAGCAAUGACUUCCAGCGUUACUCCUGAAUCCAAGAGUCCCUGCCCUCGCAGCUGCGGAAACAUAUCCAUCCAAUACCCCUUCGGCAUCGGCGCCGACUGCUUCCGGAACGGCUUCGAGAUCGUCUGCGACAACGUCGCCGGCACGCCGGCGCUCGCCGGCACCACGAGGCCCGUCCCGGUGAACCUCCUCUCCAUCAAGACGGCGGAGGCCCGCGUGAUGCUGCCCGUCGCGUGGGAGUGCUUCCACUCCUCGAACAAGGUGAACGACUCCAGCAAUGGCGACGUGCACUUCAACAGCGACGACGUGUACCGCAUCUCCAACACCCACAACCAGCUCUUCGUCAUCGGCUGCAACACCUUGGGCUACACCCAGAGCCAGCGGAACGAGGGCAACGCCUACUACCACUACGCCUACUUCACCGGCUGCAUGUCCUUCUGCAACAACUCCGGCAGCGCUGCCGACGGCGAGUGCGCCGGUGUCGGGUGCUGUCACGUCGACAUCCCGCCGGGCGUCACCGACAACAACAUGGCGUUUCAGAAUUACAACCACACUGAGGUCCUGGCUUUCAGCCCCUGCGACUACGCCUUCCUGGUGGACAAGGACAGCUACACCUUCCGCAGAGCCGACCUGAGGAUGGACACCAACACCAUGAUGCCUGUGUGGCUGGACUGGGCCAUCCGCGACAACCUCACGUGCGACCAGGCAAGAUGGAAGGAGAGCUAUGCUUGUGUGAGCACCAACAGUGAGUGCCGUAACUCUUCCAAUGGACCUGGCUACGUCUGCAACUGCAGCAAGGGCUAUCAAGGCAAUCCCUAUAUCCAUGAUGGUUGUACUGAUAUCAACGAGUGUGCUGAGCAUAAUAAGGAGUAUCCAUGCCAAGGCAUUUGUGAGAAUACAUGGGGUUCCUAUGAAUGCAAGUGCCCUAGUGGUACCCACAGUGCCGAUCCACUGAAUAUUCCAUGCAACCCCAAUUUUCCGCAUGCAGCAAAAAUUGUCACAGGUGCAAUAGGUGGACUUUUCAUCGUAGCACUCAUGAUGUUCAUCUUUCUUAUUGGCAAAGAGAAACGGAAGAUGAAAGAAUUCUUUAGAAAGAAUGGGGGGCCUAUAAUUGAAAAAGUCAAUAAAAUUAAGCUAUUCAAAAAGGAAGAGCUAGAGCCAAUACUAAAAACAAGUAAUCGUAUUGGACAAGGUGGCUUCGGUGAGGUUUACAAGGGAUAUCUUAGAGAUGAAAUACGGCCAGUAGCGAUCAAGAAGCCCAAGAUUGAUGUCAAAUUGGCAAACCAAUUUGCAAAUGAAGUUAUCAUUCAAUCUCGAGUGUUGCAUAAGAAUAUUGUCAACCUCAUUGGUUGUUGCCUGGAGGUUGACGUCCCAAUUUUGGUUUAUGAGUAUGUGUCCAACGGUAGCCUUGACAAAAUUCUGCAUGACAACAACAGGCUGCCUCUUGACUUGGAUCUACGCCUGCAGAUUGCUGCACAAUCAGCGAAGGGCCUAGCUUACAUGCAUUCAGAAAUCACAACACCAAUUCUCCACGGUGAUGUUAAACCAGCUAAUAUCCUUUUGGAUGAGGACUUUAUGCCAAAGAUCUCAGACUUUGGUACAUCUAGAAUGAUUGCCAUUGAAGAAAAUUACACAAGCACUAUCAUUGGUAACUGGGGCUACAUGGAUCCAGAAUAUGCGCAAACAGGCCUAUAUACGAGUAAAAGUGAUGUCUACAGUUUUGGAGUUGUGCUCUUAGAACUCAUUACAAGGAAGAAGGUCUUAGAUCCUGACAUCAAAAACUUGCUCAGUAAUUCCCUUGACACUUACACCAAGAAGAACGGAGUGAUCGAGCUUGUUGACCCAGAAAUUUCAGCAAAAGGAGCCAUUGGGAUUUUCCAUAGUUUGGCAGAAAUUAUUGUGCAAUGUCUAAAUUUUGAUGUUGAUCUAAGGCCAGAGAUGGCAGAUGUUGCAGAGCGUCUUCAAUUCCUAUUGAAGUGAUCUCAUGGUAGAUAGAAUAGAACGUGACUUUGCUACGGUACUCCAAAGUGAUUGCGGA